AUGGCAAUGAAUCAAGACAUUACACAAGAAUUCAAAGGAGCUGAUUUAAUUAGAACAUAUGCUGAUUAUAUUGAUGUAAUGAGAAGUAUAUAUCAACUCACAGAUAACAAUGUAGAAAGCACUUUUAUCAAAGUUAAAGAAAUCUUACUGAAUAAAUAUAAUUUAAGAACAUGGGAGAUUCUAAAUACGGUGGGGAGAUGUCUUUAUUUUAGGUACCGUUACAUGAAGACAUAUAUAAAACUUUAUGACUUGAUUAACCGUCUUGAAAAUAACAAAAUAAAUUUUUUAUAUGUAGAACAAAUCAAAGGUGUAAUCUCUGCAAUUCAAAAUAACAAGCAAAUAAAAGACAAUUUUUUUAGAGACUACCAUGAACUUUUGAAACCAAAAUCAUUAUUUAAUUCAAUCAUGAAUGAUGACCUCGAAACAAUGAUAUAUAUUGUCAAUCAGCCAGGUUUUGACAUCAAUAUCAAAAUGAAAAAAUUUUUAUUUAACAUUAAGAUGCAAUUCAAUCUUUUAGAAGUUUGUUCUUAUUAUGGUUCAGAAAAGUGCUAUUUAUAUUUAAAACAGAACUAUAAUUUCGAACCUUCUGAUCUUUCGAUUGCAUUCUCGUUCUUAGGUGGAAAUCCAAAGAUUAUUCAUGAAUCAUUACCUUUAAUAAAUUCUUCAAAUAUUCUUCAAAGUGUUGAAUAUGCAAUUAUGUCCCACAACAUUGAUUUCUUCAACUACUUAAAUAGCAACUACCCACCUCAAAAUAUUUGUGAAAUAGUCGCAAACUACUAUAAUCUUGAAGCAUUUUUGAUAGCAAUUGAUUCGGGACAAAUAUCUUCUUUUGAUAAAAUUAUACUCAAAUUCAAUAUUGAUGAUUUGCUCGUAUAUAUAUUUAAAAAAUUCAAGCAAAGUGCAGUCGAAAAAUUUAAUAUUAUACGUGCAAUUAGAUUUUAUAAUAUUCCAAAAACUAUUAAAUACGCCAUCGAAAGUGGAGUCAGUAUCACAAUAAUGGAUUUGAAUAAUGUAGGAGCUCUUCAUUUGGCUGCAAAAUAUAAAUUGAAAGAAAUAGCCGAACUUUUGAUUUCGCACGGAUUAGAUAUCAACGCAAAAGAUAAUACUGGAAGGACUCCACUUCAUUAUGCAGCAGAGGAAAGUUUAGAUAUGGUAGAACUCCUUAUUUCACGCGGUGCAGAUAUUAAUGCAACAACACACCGAAGCGAAACUGCCCUUUAUUUGGCACAAUGUUCUCGUAAAAACGAUAUAGUAGAAUUCCUUAUAUCACAUGGUGCAAAGUAA